UUAUUACAAAAAUUACUGAUAAACUUAACAAAAUAAAUCAUAAACCAACCAUAUUCAGAAGUUUGUUGCAAUGAGAGAAUUCUCUUUUAGAGACAUUGUGAAGAACAUCUGAUUUCCAAGAAGAAAAAAAAAAACGUUUUUAUUAAAACAACCAAUACACCUAACUGCAACGGCCUUGAAGUGUGCUCACUGCAAAUAAAUGCACCGUUAAAGAAAGAGCAUGUUGAAGCAUUAAUACAGAACAUUUGUAAGAAUCUGUGAAAUGCUUGGGGAAUAAAAUUAGGUUUGAUGAGAUCGAAGUUUAUUUCUUUUUAGCACUGAACAUCAUCUCAAACAGUCUCCAGAGACUUUAAAAUUUGACAAAUUUGUGUGGUGAAAAAAAAAAAGGGUCAACAUCGCUCCCACUGCAUGCAAGUACAGUAAAAACUAUUUUUCUUCUUAUAGAUUUAUUUUGUUUUUACUUUUUGACACUUGUAUGCAACUGAUCAUCUUAUCAUUUUAAUGUCAGACAACAUAACUAGCAGGGAAAUGCAACUCUAAAUUAAACUAAGGUAAUAAAUUAAUUAAUUCAGGAAAAACAAACUAUCCAAGCUACCUGGGUCAUAUUUGAAACAGGAUUUCUGCCUGAACUUAAUAACUAGUGGUGCUACUUUUAGCACAGCAUCAGAAGUCUUCACCAUAACUGCUAAAGAGUACUCAUCAUUGUGGGAAAUUUGGACCCACUUUUUUGUACAGAAUUAUUCUACUGCAGACACCCUAGAAGACAUUAAAACAACGGCCUGUUUAAGGUCAUACCACAAACCAAAUUGGGUAUAAGUUCAGAUUUCGACUAGCCCACUCCACGUCAAUACCUCCAUUAGAAAUAUAGUUACCGACGUGUUUAAUACUUAUUUUCCCUACGAAGGGAGUAAAAAUGCUGGAUUUACGUUGCCAUUGUAGAGGCAAAGUGAAAUCAUGUCUUAUUUUGUUCUCCAUGACACAGAGUAUUUCUGCCUUUUGGCUCUCCCCCACUGGGACUUCCUACUGUGCUUUACAGAGCUGAACCUAAAUGAUUCAUGACAACAGUCUGAGCCAUGGGGGGAAUGAGUUAUGCUUUUUUUUUUGAGAACCUCAAAAGCAGACCCGGGGAAAUGUCUUGUCUUUUCAGAAGCUUAUUAAGCCCCAUUGAAAACAUAUCAAACCUUCCCAAAUAUUUCCAUCCCUCCAUCUGUUUAGUCCUUCCUUACAAACCUGAUCUGUAGUCACAGCACCCCCCUAAAAAACACACAGAAAAACACACUGACGUAACUUCUCAUCCGUCACUACGGUAAUCAGACGCUCCAUGGGUAAAACAUCUCCCCCUUUCAAACCAAUGCAUACGUUUGCUCACAAACCACUGUUUCUCUACACGUUACUUUCCUUUCUCUUCAGGAAGUGUUCGCUUUGUUCAGCAACCCUCAGCUCUCUUUGUUAUGCAAAUGACUGCCGUGCCGUUGCCGAGUAACUCUGCUUUCCAGACCAGUGGAAAAAUGUGUGUAACUGUAAAUGUCAUCUGUCUAUAUCUCUCAGUGUGGGGUCACAAUCAAACCAUUUUCAGUUGGAGAUUUCAGAGGUUCAGAAGCUGAGAGGAGAAUUUUAAUGUUUGCUGCAAUGACAAGGGGUUCAAAUCACACACUGGUAACCACAAGGACAGGGAUUGAGAGGAGCUGCUGCGCAUUGUGUCGACAACAGAAAGCCAAAUCUGAAAAUAUUUGCUAUUUUUCACAUUCAAGACAGAAGGAGGAAUAUCAGACGAAGACUCCCUGCAUUAAGACACGUGUGAAGUUUUGUUUCAAGGACAAAGUGAAGAUGGAGCAAAGGGAGCCGACUGUGGAUCCUGCUGCUGAAGUUACGGAGGGGCGGUUUAGAGAGUUGGCCACCAAGUGGUUCAUAGAUUCUCAGCUGCCUCUUAUUGUCAACAACGGCCUUUUCCCCAGCUGGUUCCUGGGCUUCAUUAGCAGAAAAGAUGCUGAGGACAUGCUUAGAGAAAAGGAUCUUGGCUGUUUUCUGAUUCGUCUCAGUGAUAAAGCUAUUGGAUAUAUUCUGUCGUACAAAGGCAGAGAUCGGUGUCGCCACUUUGUGAUAAGCCAGAGCGAGACGGGACGGUUUAUAGUGUGCGGAGACACAGAGGAACACAACACUUUGUUCGACCUAACAGAACACUAUAAAACAAAACCCAUUGAGCCCUUUGGAGAAUAUCUGACAUCUCCAUGCUACGGGGAUGUAAAUGAGGACCUCUAUGAUAUCAUUCAGGUCAGCCCCAAAGAAAAACCAGCUGCUCCUCUCAGAGCAGCAAAGAAAGUACAUAAGCAGCAGAUGAACUCAGCCACAGAGCAGCAACCAGUGCGGGCACCAAGGAAUAACAGGACUCAAGAGGAAGUACCACCUUUGCCACGGAGGACCAGGCCCUUUGAGAGCACCCCAGUCAGUGACAAUGAUGGGGUUCUGUAUGCUCAGCUUAGGAAGCAAAUACCUAGAGCCCAUCACGCCUCUAGGGACAAGUCCCCUGGCUCAAAUCAAGGCAAAGUCGAGAGGCUGAACACUAAAGAGCAAAACAACGGCAGAUGUAGUCCUUCAUCUGACCCUGAAUCUCUCUACUCUGAACUCAACGCGCUUGACAGCAAGAGCAUGUCCCUGCCUCUGCUGGACAGCAUCUCUGACGGCGAGCAAUGUUACAGACUGAGCGUGCCUCCUGACACGCCGCCACGACUUUCCCCGAGGCCAGUUCGGCAGGCCUCCCGCGGCAUCUCGCAGUCAAACAGCAGCCACAGCCUGGACGGCCUGAGCGACCACUCGGUCUAUCACCUGGCUGGCAGCCACAGCCCAACAGCAUCUGAAACUGCAUCAUCCACAGAGCAGCUCGAUGACUCCCUGUACGCCGAGGUCUCCAUCGAAGCCCCUGUCAUUGAUAACGACAACACUUAUGAGAUCCUCCCCAACCACAAGGAGCCCGUCAAGCCCAAAGCCAAAAGAAACACUCAAGAGCCUGGGGAGGAGACCAAACGCAAAUUUAACAAUGGAUCCUGGGGGAUAAAGAAUGACAAAUGGAAAUGGCUUUUCCCCGAGACCAAGAGGAAGUGACAAACCAACUAACGAAGAAGAAGCUUACCUAAUUUCUCUUAUCUAACACUACUUUGCUACUUCUGUUGUAUAUUUCCUUUCAAUGUACAUAUUUAUUUAAAACCGAUCAAAAUUACCCAUGUACAUCUGAUUGAAUUUAUUAAAGCUGUUGAAAAUUUA